AAAACAGGACAAGUACAUUACAUUUACAAGCACAACGGGAAGCUACUGUUAGACUCCCUUGGCCAACGAAAGGAGACAUGGGGCGGGUUGAACGAGUCAUGCCGCUGCUUUGUAUCACCUGGCUUGGUCUAAUCACCGGUGUCGUAGGCACAACCCCGCCGCAGGACUGUGCGGACCUGUUCGCCGCCGGGACCCGUAAGAGCGGGACCUACACAGUCGGCGAGCCCAGCCCGUACCGCGUGUACUGCGACAUGACCUUCCAGGGCGGCGGCUGGACCGUCCUUCAGCGCCGACAAGACGGAUCCGUGGACUUCGCCAAGACUUGGGAGGAGUAUCAGCAAGGGUUCGGCGACCUGACCGGAGAGUUUUGGUUGGGGCUGGACAACAUUCACACACUGACAACGGCAAAGAGUAACAACAUUCUACAGAUUGAGCUGGAAGAUUUUAACGGAACGAGAAGGUACGCGCGGUACAGUACGUUUUCAGUCGGGGACGCGAGCGGGAAUUAUGUAGUGUCUAUUUCUGGGUACAGCGGGGACGCAGGAGACAGCCUCACCAACAGUGGUCUGCCUGACAUAAACGGCAGAAUGUUUUCUACCAUAGAUCGAGAUAACGACGGAAACAGUGGAGCGAAUUGUGCAUCUUUUUUGAGCCAUGGUGGGUGGUGGUAUCCGCCUAGCUGUGGACAGUCAUUCUUAAACGGACGGUAUGACUGUCACCAGAGUUCGGUCAACUGUGGUGCUGGCCAGGGAGUCGUCUGGUCGACCUGGGGAGGCACAAGUUACUUUUUGAAGAAAACAACCAUCAUGAUCAGGCCUGCUGACUUUACAGAAGCACCAAAUUGUUCAGGACCCGGAGUCGUAGCGGGGGCUGCAGUUGGAUGUUUUACCGGCGGGUUACUGGUAGGGGGCGCUGCUGUGUUCCUGUUUCUACGUAUCAGGAGAGCGAAGAAUGGCGGGAAAAGAGACGUAGGUGAUGGAGAGUAUGAAAACGUGCAACAUCCAAGGGUGGCGUCACAACGACCCGGAAGCGGAAGUUAUGUCGAGGUUUCCAUGGAAACCAUCGAACCACCAACCGUCCGGUCACCCCAGCCCUUGAAUGACGACUAGGCCCUACCGACUUAAUUGCCUUCGACAGAAGGCUAUGAAAUCGUUUUGGCACUGUUUGGCAGAUUAUGCACGAUAAAGUUUGAAAGCUUGGU